AUGAUAGAAUCAUGGACCGUCUUCAAACUCAAAAAGGUCAACACUGCCGACAAGUAUUACUGGAUGCAACCCUCAGUCUUCGUCGAAUGGAACAUACCGCCCCAACAAACGCCAACCGAUUCUCGAAAUCCAGAUGGUGGUGCACAGCCAACAACAAACAGCAAUAAUGCACCCGGUGUACAGAGAGUCUUCUUCGUCAAUCUCCCUCUCGACGAGCAACGAUCAAUACAGAAGAACUUCCCCUCCCGAUACUUGAGAUACUAUAACCCAUAUAUAUGGCACGCGGUGUUCGCUCGCGAAGUAGCGAUGUUAUAUGACAAAUGCUUUUGGUCUCUACGACACCUCGUUAGAGAUAUAGAGAAGAAACGAAAUACAAGUACCCUUGCAGAAUUACAAGCCACUAACUUCCCGAACCUCCACGACAUCGCUCGGCAUAUCUUCCACUCCACCGAGAUCCUCGAGGUAGCCGAGCAUACCAUCAACAGCGUCGUGACGGAGCAAUCACGCUGGCGAGAGGAGUUCACGGACAUUGCUUCGAAGGCCCGUGGCGCGCAUCUCCAAACCGGACAGAAAUUGGCCUUUGCAGCGAAGGAAAUGCAUUCGCUUAAGAUUAGGUCGAAAUCGCUGACCGAUAGAUUGGAUAACGAGAUUAAUCUUGCAUUCAAUCUAGUCAACCAAGGCUUCGGCCGGAACGCUCAAUCCGACAGCGCGAUGAUGAAAACCAUCGGUGUUGUCAGUCUAGUCUAUCUUCCUGGGACAUUUGUUUCGGGCAUUUUCGGAACAAACUUCUUCGAUUAUCAAAGCGGCGAGGCGGAAUCAUGGGAGAUGGCCAAGAAUUUCUGGUUGUAUUGGGCCGUGACGCUUCCGCUGACGCUCGCGACCGUUGUGGUUUGGGCGCUGUGGCAUUAUCGGUUGACGUUGAAGAAGGGAUAUUGGAAGGGGAAGAGUAAAGUUAAAGGGAAGAAUGAGGAUCCUAUGGAAAAAGUUUAA